AUGGCAAUUUGUAAGAAAUAUGGAUAUCCAGACCUCUUCAUCACAAUGACAUGUAACUCGAGUUGGCAAGAGAUUGAAAGGGUUAACAAUCCAAGGAAUUUAAAGGUUGAAGACCGGCCGGAUAUAUCGUGCAGAGUGUUUAAAAUUAAGCUUGACAUGAUAAUCUCGAAUCUUAAGCAAGGAAUUCCAUUUGGAGUGCUAGAUGUAGAGUUGCCAGAUCCUGUUCGGUACCCAAAAUUGUUUAGAGCUGUAUCUACAUAUAUGAUUCAUGGACCAUGUGGCAGAGCAUUCUCAAAAUCUCCCUGCAUGAAAGAUGGGUACUGCACCAAAUAUUAUCCCAAGACAUUCAGUAGAACCACAGUUAUCGAUGAUAGUGGAUACCCAUCAUAUAGAAGACGAGACACAGGGGCGGUUACUGAGAAGAAGGGAGUCCAUAAGGAUAAUUGGAAUGUAGUUCCAUACAAUGCAUAUAUGCUGAUGUCUUAUCAAGCGCAUGUUUAUGUUGAGUACUGCAACAAGCCGAAUGCUAUCAAAUAUUUGUUCAAGUACGUGAAUAAAGGUCCAGACAGGGUAGCAGUUGGAGUUACAAAGGAAGCUUCCAGUAGAGAGGAUGCUCAGGUUAUUGAUGACAUCAAACAAUUUUAUGAUUGUAGAUAUUUGUCUGCAUGUGAGGCUGUGUGGAGAACCUUAGCGUAUGAUAUUCAUCAAAGGUGGCCUUUAGUGAUGAGAUUAACCUUUCAUUUGCCUGGAGAGCAAAAUAUCAUCUUUAAAGAUGAUGACAAUCUUGAAGAAAUCGUGGAAGAAGAGGAAGGAAAAUGUACGAUGUUCUUAGCAUGGAUGGAGGCCAAUAAAAAAUUUGAAGCAGGUCAAUCUUUGACAUAUGCUGAGUUUCCAAAUCAAUUUGUUUAUGAUAGAGAAUCAAGGGAAUGGCAUCCACGCAAAAGAGGGUAUUCUAUCGGGAGGUUAAAUUAUGUUCCACCGGGUACAUGUGAUAUUUAUUAUAUGAGAAUUUUGUUAGCUGUUCAGAGAGGUUGCACCACAUAUGAGUCUAUUAGGACAGUUAAUGGAAUUACAUAUUCUAGCUUCCAAGAUGCUUGCUAUUCUAUGGGACUACUGUGCGAUGAUAGGAAAUUCAUUGCAGCUAUUAAUGAGGUAGCUGAACUUGCAUGUGGUCAUCAAUUGAGAAAACUAUUUGCGAUGCUACUGAUAUCUAAUAGCAUUAGCAACCCAGAGCGUGUUUGGAAUGCAACUUGGACAUUAUUAGCUGAUGGAAUACUAUAUGAGAGGAGAAAAGCUUUGAAAAAUCAAGACUCUGGUAGUUUUUACUUCGUUUAUAGGCAUGGUGGGUGUGGUAAGAUAUUUAUUUGGAAUGGACUUUCUUCUGCUAUUCGGUCUAGAGGAAAGAUCGUUUUAAAUGUCGCAUCCAGUGGAAUUGCUUCUUUAUUCCUACCUUGUGGCAGAACGGCUCAUUCUAGAUUUUUAAUACCCAUUACAAUUACUGAUGAAUCUACUUGCAACAUCAAGCAUGGCAGUUUGAAGGCUGAGCUGCUCAUCUAA